CCACAGCUGAUUUCACAUGUGCCUCCGAUCGCGUCGUACGCUCGCUCCGCGCGCCAUGCCGGCAAAACAUUAAAAACAUAACAAACGUGUAACAAAAUUAUAUAUAAAAAGUUGAACGUCAUUGGAAAAUUGUGAUUUUGUGGAAUUUGAAAGACGGUUCUGUUCGCGGGUUUUAAUUUACGAAAAUUGUGUUACGGCUUUUUUGCAUUGGCGGAGAUGUCAAUGUGAGCCGCGAUGCGCAGCGACAUGGCGUACCGCGGGCUCUCGCAGCACGUGGAGCUGGACCGCGCGGCCGACCCGCGCGACCGCUUCGCGCUGCAGGAGCUCAUCGGCGAGGGGACCUACGGCGAGGUCUACUGCGCUCGCGACAAGAAGAGCGGGAGGCGAGUCGCCGUCAAGAUCUUGGAGAACAUCACUGAAAACAUCGAAGAGAUCGAGGAGGAAUUCCUAGUGUUUCGGGAUUUGUCCAGCCAUCCGAACAUUCCAGAAUUCUUCGGGCUGUUCCUGAAGCGCGGAGUCUGCUCUGAUGAUGACCAGAUAUGGUUCGUCAUGGAGCUCUGUACCGGAGGUUCAGUGACAGAUCUAUGCGCUGGUAUCCGCGAACACGGGAGCAACCUCACGGAGCCUCAACUGGCCUACGUCCUGCGGGGGACGGUCCGCGCGCUCACCCACCUUCACGCCCACCGCUGCAUGCACCGGGACGUCAAGGGCCAUAAUAUUCUACUCACCGAGAACGGCGAAGUGAAACUCGUCGAUUUUGGAGUUUCCUCACAUUUAGCUGCGACUGCUGCACGGAGAAAUACUUCAGUAGGCACACCUUAUUGGAUGGCCCCAGAGGUCAUAGCAUGUGAGCAGCAGUUGGAUCAGUCAUACGAUUGCAGAUGCGACGUUUGGUCAGUCGGCAUUACCGCUAUCGAACUAGCCGAAGGCGAACCUCCCUUAUCCGGACUUCAUCCAAUGAGGGCAUUGUUUCAAAUACCACGGAAUCCACCUCCUACGUUAGCGCACCCUGAGCUAUUCUCAUCACAGUUAGCAGAUUUCAUUGCCGAGUGCUUGGUCAAAGAUAUGAACCAGAGACCAUUCGCGAGGGAACUUCUAGAGCAUCCUCUGUUAUUAGCUGUUAGUAGUUUUGAAGAAAAGAUUCGCAAAGAACUUCAAACAGAAAUAAAACGCCAACGAGCUGACGGGCGAAGCUGCCGCGCCCCCGAUGUGACGACAAAAAGAGGAAAAUUAAAGUCACAUAGAAAAGCACGACCAGAAAAAAUGUAUACUGAUGAUCUAGCAACAUUAGAAGUACUGACAGAAGAUGCCAUCGUAGAACAACUGCAGCAGAGAUAUAACCAAAAUCAAAUAUAUACUUACAUUGGAGAUAUACUUGUGGCGGUCAAUCCUUUCACUGACAUAGGUAUUUACACUACCAAGAGUCAGCAAAUUUAUCAAUGCCGUUGCCGCUCUGACAAUCCUCCCCAUAUCUACGCUGUAGCAGAUGCAGCACACCAAGCUCUCAUGCACCAAAAACAGCACCAAGCUAUAGUUAUUUCAGGGGAGAGUGGCGCUGGUAAGACCGAGUCGGCCAACCUCUUGUUGAAACAGCUGGUCUUUCUCUCAAAGACACAAACUGGUAACGUAGAAGAUAAAAUCCUGCAAGUGAACCCGAUAAUGGAGGCGUUUGGAAACGCUCGAACAGGCAUUAACGCCAACAGCUCGCGGUUCGGCAAAUAUUUGGAUUUGUCUCUCAUGAGAGUGGGGAGGAUAUCUGGGGCACGGAUUUCUGUUUAUCUUUUAGAACAAUCGAGGGUUGUUCACCAAGCGUUAGGCGAAAGCAAUUUUCACGUAUUUUACUAUCUAUAUGAUGGUUUGGAAAGUGAAGGGCGUUGGAGGAAGUUCUACCUUGACGAACAACUCAAAUCUAGGCAUCGAUACCUACAACCACUUUCUGUUGCUCAUCGUGAACAUAAUGUUCACCGCUGGCGGCAAUUAAAUCAAGCGUUUAAGGUGGUAGGAUUUCAAGAGGAGGAGGUACAAAUAAUUUACAAAAUGCUAUCAGCAAUAUUACAUCUCGGCGAUAUAGAAUUUGGGGAGACCGCGGGGGAAGAUAACACUGAUAACAAAGCUACGAUAAUAGACACGGCACCUUUACAUAGAGCAUCCUGCCUAUUAGGCGUAGAGACAGGAGACCUCCGCGAGUGCCUGACUAGCAGCAGUGUGGUGGCUCGAGGGGAGACCAUAGCGCGACACUGCUCGCCCACCGAAGCGGCCGUGGCUCGCGACGCCACCGCACGCGGCCUGUAUGCACGCGCCUUCGACAGAAUAGUCGAGAGGAUCAACGCUUUGCUGUGUCAAAAUAGACCGUAUGGCAUUGAACAACUAUCCAUUGGAAUAUUAGAUAUCUUCGGAUUUGAAAACUUUAAUAGAAAUUCGUUUGAACAACUAUGCAUCAACAUUGCAAAUGAACAAAUACAGUACUAUUUCAAUCAACAUAUAUUUACCUGGGAGCAGCAAGAGUAUAUGGCAGAGGGCGUCCCCGUCGAUCUUGUAGAGUUCUCCGACAACAGACCCGUCUUAGACAUGUUGUUGUCAAGACCUAUGGGCCUGCUAGCUCUGCUUGAUGAAGAAAGCCGUUUCCCAAGGUCUACUGAUAGAAGCCUAAUUGAAAAAUUCCAUAAUAAUCUAAAGAGCAAAUACUAUGUCCGGCCAAAAUCUGAUGCUAUAUGCUUUGCCAUUCACCACUUCGCUGGUCGCGUAGUUUAUCAAGCCGAUGGGUUCCUGGAGAAAAACCGCAAUUUCUUGCCUCCGGAAGUGGUUCAAUUGAUGCGACAAAGCCAAUACGAUAUCAUUAGGUUCCUUUUCCAGUGUCCGAUUACAAAGACUGGCAAUUUAUAUUCCCCUCUGCAAGGAGAUACGGACACUAACAGAAGUUUAGACAGUUCAUGUGAUACUCGGGACCGCUUCAACAGCCGUGGGCUUGCUUCACAAUCUCGCGCUCAGCAAACAGUGUCCACCUAUUUCCGAUAUUCUCUAAUGGAACUACUCCAGAAAAUGGUCAGUGGCUCGCCCCAGUUCGUGAGAUGCCUGAAACCAAACGAUUCGCGGUCACCGAAACAUUUUGAUUCUGCGAAAAUCUUAAAGCAGCUUAGGUAUACGGGCGUUCUAGAAACUAUUAGAAUAAGACAAAAUGGGUUCUCCCACCGAUUAACGUUUGAAGAAUUUUUGAAGAGGUAUAGUUUUUUAGCAUUCAGCUAUAACGAAGAAGUAAAACCGAACCGAGACACGUGCCGUCUUUUGCUUUUAAGGUUAAAGAUGGACGGCUGGGCGCUAGGGAAAUCAAAAGUCUUCUUGAAGUAUUAUCACGUUGAAGUACUCGCCCGAAUCUACGAAGAACAGAUUCGGAAAGUAGUACUAGUACAAGCGUGUGGUCGAGGAUGGCUCGCUCGACGGUACUUCCUCCGGCUGAAGGCCCAGAUGGCUAUAUCUGUACUCACGCUGCAAAAACACGUGAGAGGCUGGCUCACCAGGAAACGACUCCAGGAACGACAGAGACAGCUAGCUAGGGAGUUCCAGAGGGAACAGAUGGAACAGGACAGUCGAAAACAUAAAUCCGGUGCUGUAUUAAUUAAAAACAAAGCCAUGAUGAAAGCGAAGAUAUUAAGGAAGAUGACAUCAAACGAUAGCGACAGCAACGACACCAAUUCCGGCAGCAAUAAAGAAAACGUCGAUUCAAAUAAGGCUGCCGUUGUUAUCCAGAGUCAUUUUCGGGGCUACACCGCACGGCGCAAAUGGGCGAAGGGCCGAGCGCCGCCGCCGCCUCAACACCCAGCACCCACACCGCAGCAGCUCAUGCAGCAGUACUCCGUGCAGGAGCGGGCCAGCCAGCUGCAGUCCUUCGCGGUCCAGGUGCACGACAAAAACCAAGAGGUCCACAAGAACCUGCGUCGCAACAAGCCUGGUGUCCGGCUGUCGCAGGUCUCGCGGCCGCCCGCGGAGUACCGUCCGCCCCCCGGCUUCACGCUCGUGCCGGCCAUCGUGCGCGGUCAGGUGACGCAACUCGAGCAGGACGCCAGCCGUCUCUCCAGUCCCUCGCCUGAAUUCCUAGAGAGCCUUACAAGGCCCUGGGAUGAACCCUUUAUUAAUAAAGAAUAUGAGAUCAGUCCAUUAAGGGCCAACAGGAGCCAUCAACAGCCGGUCGAGCAGUGCGGCGAGCACCGGCACCACCUAGUUAGCCAGAACUGGCAGAACCUGCCCUGCAGCCGCCAGUGCGGCGGUCUCGUCAGGAAACCUGGUAACAAGAUAAUCGAGCUGGUAAAGCAGUCGCACAAGGCAGACCCACCUCCGCGGCCAGUCUACAAUCCAACACACGACCCAGAGUCAGACUUCCGAAAGAUUCUCCGCAACUCGCCAGAAAUCCUCGCCACGCCUAUCUUCAGCUCUGACGAUGACUACACAGAGGGCCCGUUCAGGUUCAAACAGCUACUCAGGCCAACGCUAGGUCCGACGGAAAGUUUAAGGAAACGAAAGGUUAGAAAUUCGCCCGGACAAAGUCCGUGGAUGUCGGACAGUUCUCAAGAUAGUACCGGAUCUAAGCAGGCGCUGUACAACAAGCGCAGGCCGCAGAUCAGUAUGGGCGUUUAUUAUAACUAACCCAAACCGUGACUCUCAUAACGAUUCGAAACUUUGCUGUGGUCAAUGCGAGGUUUAACGGAUUCCAAAGACUCCAGAGCAGGG